CAACACCAGGCGGAAAGACAGGUUUGUGUUUUGACGCACAAAAAUCAAUGUUGAUGAAUUUAAAGUUCUGCUAACAAAUAAUGUAAGCUGGCAGAAGAAUAUACAGAUCUACCACUGCUGUUCAUGGCAACAAUGCAACUUUGUUUGGUUUAUGUCUUGUAAAAUAAUGUUAAUGUUAAGCAGUGACAACAUUUAAAAACUACGGCAAAGAAAAAAAGAAAAAUGUCAGAAGACAGGACAAAGCAAGACUCUACGUCUGGAUCCAAUACAAGACUUUCUGAGAUAAGAAUGUUAAUGAUUGGGGGUCGACAGUUGGGGGGGGAAGAAGCAAGUGGAAAAAGUUCAGCAGGAAAUAUCAUUUUGGGGAGAAAUGCUUUUGAUACCAGUAGAAGAACUGCACGAUCUGUUCAAGCAACAGGAGACGUACAUGGAAGACAUAUGACUGUUGUUGACACACCCGGCUGGUGGUGGCAUUACAAUAUUGAAAAUACUCCACUGUUUGAAAGACUGGAAAUUAUGAAAAGUCCAACACUAUGUCCUCCUGGACCUCACGCCUUCCUUCUGGUCAUACCUGUGGAUUUAGCAUUUCCAAGUAUCUAUGGAAUGACUGUGGAAGUACAACUGAAGUUUUUGUCUAAGGAGGUCUGGAGACACAUUAUUGUGUUGUUCACUUCUAUUGAGCCAGCAUGUGAUGAGAGCUCUUUAAAAAACAAUGUUAGAAAAUGGCCAGAUCUAGAACAGCUGUUAAAGAGAUGUCACAACAGAUACCACAUUCUUAAUAUUAACAACCAUAGCGACAACACUCAAGUUAUCACGCUGCUGGAAAAGAUUGAGAAAAUGGUGGCGCAAAACAAUGACCAAUGUCUUGAAAUCAGUCAAAGCAUAUCAGCAUUGAUUAAGAAAGAGAAAACAACAAAGGGAAGAGACAAACAAAGAACUGUCAAUGAGAGUAAACAAACGCCUGAACUUCAAGCUGACAACAGAGAUGGGCCACAACAUCUAACUGACAUAAGGACUGUGAUAGUUGGAGCUUCUUGGGCUGCAAGAAGCUCUGCAGGCAAUGCCAUUCUAGGGGGGGAAGCUUUUGAGGUUGAUGAGUCAAGAACAACUGUGCGCUGUGCAGUUGGUCAUGCUGAAGUCCAUGGCAGAAAGAUAACAGUGGUCGACACUCCAGGCUGGUACUAUAACAGUCCUCUUGAAAACACAUCAGAGAUGGACAAACUAGAGAUUAGACGUAGUGUGUAUCUAUGCCCUUCUGGACCACAUGCUAUUUUGGUAACUGUUCCCAUUGCCACAGCUUUUAACAAGGCUUAUAAAACCGCUGUGGAAGAACACAUGAGGCUUUUAGGGGAAAAUGUGUGGAAUCAUACAAUUGUGCUGUUCACUCGAGAAGACUGGCUUGGCGACUCCACCAUUGAGGAACGUAUUGAGACAGAAGAAGGACGCCUUGAGUGGCUGAUGGAAAAAUGUGGAUACAGAUACCAUGUUUUAAACUGUAAACAGUACAGUGACAGAGCACAGGUCGUGGAACUUCUUGAGAAGAUUGAAAAAAUGGUGACAGAGAACAAAGGCUGUUAUUAUGUUCCAGAAAUAAAGAGUGAUCCAGCCAAUGAGCUUGAGAAGAAGUUGAAAACUGCCAGUACUAACAAGAUAAAUGUGAGCAAGCAAAGACAUAUCCUUAAAGAGUUGCUUAAAGAACGAAAAUACAAUCUCUCAGAUGUAAGGAUUGUGCUUCUUGGAGCAGAGGGAGUCGGUAAGAGCACGUCAGGGAACAUCAUUCUGCAAGGAUAUUUCUUUGAGUCCACACGGGGUCAUGAAAUCCAUACAAGACAAUGUGUAGCAAAACAAAGGAAAGUUGAGGGAAGUAAUGUCUCAGUGGUGGACACACCAGGCUGGUCCACAUCAACUGUGGAAAAUGAAAGAGAAAUUUCACGCAGUCUGGCAGUUUGUUCUCCAGGUCCUCAUGCAUUCCUGCUAGUGUUACCUGUCCGCAUGCCUUUUACAAAGAAAUCUCAACAAACAGUGGAGGAGCUCAUGAGCCUUUUUGGAGAGAAUGUCUGGAGACAUACUAUAAUAUUAUUCACUGAGGGACACUGGCUGAAGGAUAAACCAGUUGAGGAGUACAUUGCAUGUGAAGGAGAAGCUUUGCAAGAGUUGGUAAGUAAGUGUGGAAACAGAUAUCAUGUGAUGGUCAAUGACCGGAGUAACAGAUCUCAAGUCAGAGACUUGCUAAAGAUGAUUGAACAAACUGUGGCAAGAAAUAGAGGCGAACACUUCACUCUUGAAAAAAACAAAAGAAAGCCAAAAGCAACAAUGCUAGGUAAAGCAAAGACACUGACUGAAGAAGAGUGGAACAAACGUGAGGAUGAACUUAUAGAGAAGAUGCUGAAUGCUGCAGUGGUGGAUCUGGGUACAGAAAGGACGAAGCCAUUUCCAAGAAAACAACAAAGUUUUGAUCAUCCAAUCCCCAGUAUGAGUGGAGAGUCAUUUUCUGAUAGAAGCCGUUUAUCUGGACACACUCUGAACCCCGUUUCAAAAGUGUUUCAAUGGCUUCAGCAUAGCUUCCAUGCAAGAUCAUCUGGAUAUGAUACCAUGAGCAUUACAAGUUCAAGUACAGUUGCUGACAUGAAAGGGGACAGCAAUGAUAUUCCAAUGCCCAUUGCCAGACCAUGAUAAUGUUCUGUAUAACCAACACAUGGCAUGGACACUUCCCAAAAUGAAUGCCAUGGAUUACCUGGGUUUAAUUUUUCUAUGCUAAGUGAUUUACGAUAAAAGACCCUGCUAAACCCUUGCAUCUAAUGUAAUGUAUGAUUGAUUGAGUGAUUGACAUCAUAACUACUGGUCAACUCUUAUGUCUGUCUGUUAAUUUUUGUAAAUAUUUAACUAAUGAAAAGUGUAAUGAAAAGUUUAUGUGACCAAACAUGUUAAUAAUAUAGUGACAAAUGCAAGUGUGCGACCAUGCAUAAAGCCACAACACAGUGUUUAUUUAUUAAAAAAAACAAUAUACUCAAUAUACCAAAAUGUGUAAGAUUACUGUAAACUCCAACGAAAAGUUACCAUGGAAUGACCGUCGCAGAAUUGUUAUAGAUGUAUCUGCAUUUAAACUGAAAAUGCAACCAUUAA